AUGGUUCACUUCACUUCCGUCUUCGCUGGGCUGUCGCUCGUAGCUGGCUCUCUUGCCGCGCCCUCCAAAGAAGGUCUCUUCUCCAAGAUUACCAAGCGGGCUGGUACUCCCAACAGUUCCGGUACUAACAACGGAUUCUACUACUCCUGGUGGAGUGAUGGCGGUGCCGAUGCCACUUAUACCAACGGCGAGGGAGGUUCUUAUUCCAUGGAGUGGAAGGAUGGCGGUAACGUCGUCGGUGGUAAGGGCUGGUCUCCUGGAAAGGCCCGGACCAUCUCGUACGAGGGAGAGUACAAGCCCAAUGGCAACAGCUACCUCUCUGUCUAUGGCUGGACCCGAAACCCUCUCGUCGAGUACUACAUCGUGGAGUCCUUCGGUACCUACAACCCCUCCAGCGGUGCUACCAAGAAGGGUACCGUUGAGGCUGAUGGCAGCACCUACGACAUCUUCGAGACUACUCGCACCAACGCCCCUUCAAUCGACGGUACUCAGACCUUCCAGCAGUACUGGUCUGUUCGCCAGCAGCAUCGCUCUACUGGUAGCGUCGACACUGGUCUUCACUUCGAUGCCUGGGAGAAGGCUGGUAUGAAGCUCGGUACCCACGACUACCAGAUCCUCGCUACUGAGGGUUACUUCAGCAGCGGAUCUUCUCACAUGACCGUUUCUGAGGGUGCUUCUUCCGGUGGCUCUACUGGCGGUGACGCUUCCCAGGGUGGUGAUGCUUCUCAGGAAGGUGACGCUUCUCAAGGAGGCGAUGCUUCUCAGGGCGCAAACGGUCAGCAAGGUGGCAACGGAAACUCUUUCCAGCAGCCUGGCAGUGAGAACCAACCCCAGCAACAAGAGAUUGACACUGGUGCUAACGAGCCCUGCCAAUAA